AACAGCGCAUUUUUUCAAUCAAACAAUCCAGUAAAGGUGCCAUAAUUCUCUCCAAUUUGCCAAGCAUGAGCUCCAAACCUACUCGUGAACCCUCGUUCUCAAAUGCCAAGGAAGCAGACAAAAAGCAAGCCGGCGCUCGCAAGUCUUUUGAAUCUGUGUCCACACUGCCACAAUACGAGGAGGGCGAUUUUGUGUCCAGCUCUGAGGGUGCAGCAAAAGGGCCACCAUCACAACCCUACUCUGGCUUUUCGAAAUCGAAAUCCAAACUCGGAGCUGCGUACCAAGAUAUUAAAUCAAAAAUAAGAACCAGUAACAAAGAUGACGAAGAUCCGGCGCUGGCGGCAGAAAGAUUGGUGGAGAAGCAGCAACGGGAAGAAGAGAGGAAGCGAGAAUAUGAACGGCUAGGUUUGGAGGAGAAGGCAAAGUUCGGCUGGGGAAGAGCGGGAAUGAACUUCAAUGGUUGAGGAAAAGGCGUACUCAGUGGAACCCAGGUGGACGGGUGGAUGCCCGCGUGCAUGAGUUCCUUCCUCAGAGGAAAUUACGGCGCGACAAAGAGGAAGUGACCAGCCUGCUCGCCCUUUCCUCAGGCUCUCUUCCAAAAUGCUGCCAAGAGUAUAAACCCCCCCUCUUUUCCUCUUCUCCCUUUUAUUCCUUUCCUUCCUUCAUGCUUCUUCUCUCAAGUCAAGGCCAAUCAUAUUUCCAUCAAUUCCAUUCCAUGCACCCUGUAGGUACCUACCUACCUACCUAGGUAGGUACCUAGUACCGAUUUAGGUAGGUGGAUCCGGAGACAGACCGGGUACCACCAACGGAGAGACAAUCGUGGAGGUGACAUUGAAAGCAUC